AUGCCGACACCCGCGUCCGUUUCUAGCACGAACAAGGUGCGCGUGUCAUCUUUUCAGCUGUUGCCAGUGCCCUCAUCAAGCUGCCGACCAGGAUUGGUCCUCUUCGUCGUCGCGCCGUCGACUUGCUCAUGGCCACGGGGAGCGCCACAGGCUCACCGCCUACUAUCUAUAUCACUGCAGACUACCAACCUCCAGACACCCUCCGCCCGAACCCGCCACCGACCUACACCGCUCGUCCCCAACAUAAUAUUUGAUGAUAAUGCAUCAUCGAUGCCAUCGCCUCCGCGGGCUCCCUCUGUUCGACAGUAG